GCCCGUGCCGUUCGCCGAUUUUUUUUUUUUGUCGCUCUGCGUAAAACGCGUAUAUGUUUCAAUUAUUAUUAUUGUUAUUAUUAUUAUUAUUAUUAUUGUUAUUAUUGUUAUUAUCGUUAAUAUCGUUAUUAUUGUUUUUUAAUUGUUUUUUUUUCCCCCGUCCGGCACUUGUCGCCGCGGAUUUAAUACGCAACGUUCCCGCGGGGUUUACGCCGGUUCUCCUCGCACAUUUUGCAAUUUUUCCCGUUUUUUCCCGCGCCCCGUCCCCGUCCGUACCGCGCCCGCGCUCCGGCCCACGAUCCUCCGCGAAAAUGCGUCCGGCCCGCUGACGCGUCCGCACACGCGAAUCGGAUAUCGUCACACACGGUCGAGAAGUCAAUCGCGCGCCGUUCGACCGAGGAGUCGAGAAUCGUCCAAAGUGCCGAAUACCGUUCCGAUGGAUCGACGAACAAACAAGGUACGUACACACGGAUUCAACCCGAUUUUUUUUUUUUUAUCCCCGUCCCUCUCGCCGCAAAUCUAUUUGUUCGUCAAUCCGCAAACGUUUGUUCGCGAAAAACAAAAACCCCGUGCCGUUUUUUACUUUAUCGUUUACACAAUGGUAUACGCGUCGUCGAAUACCUACGGUAUUCGAUUACCGUCAGUGCCGUUUGCUCUUUGUUCGGUCAGGUUGUAAUUUCGAUUCCCCCCCCCCCAUCCCCCGGUCGUUAAAUGUCGCGCGUUUCGCAAUUGCGAAUCGGUCCGGCCGAUUUCGCGGGUACCGAAAAUUUACCGGACACACGGCGAUGAAAUUUCGGGCGCAUUUGAAAGUGUGCGCGGCGAACGGCCGAGUAACGACAAUAGCGAAAUAUUGUGCGCCUGUCUACGUAACAGACGGUCUAUUAUAAUAGCGUAAUAGAGUCAAUGCCAAAAAUUGUUUUUUUUUUUUUUUCCUCUCCAUCCGGGGAACCGUGUGCGCCGUUGCGAAAUCGCUAAUCGUUUGGCGCACGGUCGUCUCCCGGCACCGGCGGCGCGCGCGUUAUGAUCGGCCCGGUCGUCGCGGCCUUUUCGUACGCGAAAUCUCGAAUUUUACGUACGCGCGUGCAUCCUGACCUAAGUCAACACCGUGUAUACGCCGACGUCGCCGCAUGUUUUUCGACGGCACCGGCGACGGUGCACGGGCUCCGUAACCUCCGACUCGAGGCCUUUGUCCGUCUGCCCCGGGGCCGCCGCCGCCCGCCUGCGGCAAGGACGACGGCGUUUUCGCGAAUUAUCGCGAAUUCGUAUUUUGCGAAUUGGAUUGGAAAAAAAAAAAUUUUUUUUUUAAAAAACGAACGAACUGCCGCCGUGCCACGUUAUAUUUCCCCGUGUGCGGUAGAAUUUUUUUUUUGCAAAAUAAUAAAAAAAAAUAAAGUGAAACGACGGAAUAUCGUACUGGCAGGUUAGGCGGACACCUGAGUGACGUGGCGAAACGAUACCCGUACUGCGGCGGUACAUGCAAUACAACUGCGGUUCGUUUUCGCGAUGUUUCCGCGUCAAACGGCGGAAUUGGUUUGGGAUUUUAUUUUAUAUUUUUUUUUCCUCUACGACGAUUGUCGUCGAUCGCCGGAUGUGUCCGAUGAUAAUGUGCAAAGCGACGCGCGAUAUUGAAAAACGUCGGCGUCGUCUUUACGCGCGCGCGAAACGUUCCCGUCGACGCGGGGCGGAAAAAAUUUCACGGCUGUGCGAUAAAUUCUCGUUUGGGGAGGAAAAAAAAAAAAAAAUAAAUAAAAAAAUAAACGUCGGUUUUCCGCAAAUACAAUCGACGGAAAUUCGCGGCGCACCCCGAUCGCGAUAUAGGUGUACGGGUUUUUUUUUUUUUUCCUGAAACGUUUUAGAAGAUUUCGUCGUCUUCGGCGCCGGUGAUCGGCGUCCGCAAGAUCCUCGGUCCUGACCGUCGGGUUUAUCGCCCACUCGCGACGGAUCAAUGCGAGCGUGCCCCUUGUCGAUCGGACCCCCCGGGGCCAUUGGUGAUGUUUUCGGCCGUGCGAGUGUUUGAAAGUGCCGCGUACGAACCGCCCGAAUUGCCGUCAGCGAGUGAAUGAACGAACUAAAAAAUAAUAAUGUGUCGUCGACGUGAAAAAAAAAAAAAAUGUACAAUAAAUACGACGAGAACCGUCGUAUUUUUAAUAAUCGGUUUAUUUUUUAUGAUCCGCCGCGGAAUUUUUUAUAAACCCAUUGAAAUAAACUUUGUAAGUACGUUCUUAUUAUUAUUUUUUUUCCCUCCUACGUAAUAACGUUAUAAUAGUACUUAAAAAGUAGUUUAACAAGUGCUUAAAUACGUCCGGGAGUUUUUUUCUUUUUUUUCCGAGAAAACGCGAUCGCAACGUUACCGUAAAUAUUAUUGUAAACAUAAAUGAUUUUCGCUACGUUACGGAUUUUUGCGAAAACACGCAAAAAACCGGCAAGACGAACAAUUUGUACCGUUUUUGUCACGGCGACAAUUUAAUUCGGCACGCAUUACGACAAUCGUCGGAAUUAUCAACAAACGUGUUAAGACCGUAAGCGCGUAACAAUAUCCAAAAAUUAUCAUAAUGUUGCGAUAAAAAGUAAUUCCGAUUCGCCGUCUAAAAGGCUCGCGGUUUGUUUCCCCCGCCCCCUCCCCGUUCAGAUUCCGAACGCAGCACAGUAUCGGUUUCGCCACUGUGACGCGGGGUUUCGUUUUUCCCCCCCGUCUCGUCGUCCGUCGACCGUUUUUCCGCGCCGGCGAACCGUGGACCGGUCCGAUUUCCGCGCGCCGUCCGAGAGCGAAUCGCGUCCAGUCGGCGUCGUCGGGCGGUCGUCCGUCCUCCCCGCGGUUUUUCCGGACGGCCGGGCGAAAACCGCGGAAAAACCGACAGAGUUCCGCGGCCGCGUUAUGAUAACGGGUCCCGCGUUUGUUAGUUCUCGUCCUCUCGAUUUUUCGCCGUCGGACACAAUCGCGGACAAUUUUUGUAUUUAUUCUUUUUUUUUUUUCGUCGGCCAUUUAUCGGCGCUCGGCAUCGCGUACAUAUUUGAAACCGGCGUCGGCGUUCGACCCGACUCAGAAUCGUGACGCCGUCGUUUCGGUUUGCGAUACACCGGCGGUCAUUGUGCGAUUUAUAAUACCGUAGGUACCCGUCGUGAUGGCACAACAGCGCAUCGCACCGUCCGAGGAACCAUUCGAAAAUCCGGAUAUGCUGCGCGCGCGUUAUCGACCAGAGAUUUUACCGCCGCCGUUGGAUUUCGCAUAGUCGGUAUUGUGUUGUUUAGGAGAAGAAAAAUAAAAAAAAAAAAUAAUAAUAAUAGCGCGCGGUAGGUCUUCGUCGCGGUAUGAGUAUCGGAAACGUUCGCGAAGGGAAAAAAACAAAAAAAAAAAAAAAAAAAACCCCCGAAGAUAAUCCGAAGGCAGGUCAGUAAGGCACACACACACACACGCACCGGGUCUUCCGGGAACACCGCUGUGUUUCCAAAACACACAGGUAAGACACUCCCGUAUACAGACGUUCGCGUGUUCGGGUGGUUUUUUUUUUUUCCGUUUUUUUUUUUUUUCUCUAUUCAUCCCACGUGUCCGCAAAUAUCGCCGACGUUUCACGUGCGCUGCACGGUCGUCACCUCGGCGGGCGGUCCACCGUCAAAUGUCUCGUGCGGAUUUCCGGACUCUGCGGCCAUAUUCGCACGGUUCGUACCGCGGUUAGGUUAUCAUCGCGGCGCGCGGACGGUGCGGUAUACGUCGGGAAACCGAACGCGGUGUAGCGAUCGACGGUGCACCGGCCCCAGACAAUACAUCGGUGCCCGCCGGACCCAAGCGGACGUGCCGCCGCGCGAGAGGAUAUUGUCGCGGCGGUUUUCGGCGAAAAGAAUACGAAAAUGAAACGAUCGUGUGUCCCUCGUGCCUCUGCGAGCGUACCGCGUUCGCUGCUCCGAUCGAAAACUCCGCAGGAAUUUUCCGAUAGCGUUUUGUUUUUUGUUUUUUUUUAAUUUUCUGUAAUCAAUUACUACCGCACCGCACGCGGGCGGCGCAUCGAGAUAAGGCGUUUUUUUUUUAAUUUCGUUUUUUCUCGAUUUUUCCUCGUAGUUUUUCCUCGUUGCGAACAACGGCCGGACAUAACUGUAGCGGCGAUAACGACAAUCUCGGACUUCUCCGGCCGUGUUACCACCCGGCGACGAGGAAAACAUUAAUAACGCGACGGUUUAUCGUCGCGCACGAGUUAUACGAGUCGAAUUCCUCUGCGCACGAUUUAAUAUCGCGAUCUAAUUUUUAUUGUUUUUGAACGCGAUAAAAUCAUACUCGCCGCGGAACGCUAUUCGGUUGUUUUUUUCCCCCUAUUAAAAUAAAUAACGUUUAUUGUAAUUUCCGCGUACAAUCGCGGGCUUUUAUGCCGUCGUAUAGUUUUCGCGAUAUUCGCGUGGGCGCAGUUCUCACGGGCCGGGGAUGGCGGAUAUCUGACACCUUUUUUUUUUCUCGUUUUUUUUUUUUUCUUUGUCUCUAGAACGAAAUUCUCUCGUACGCUAAUUAGCGUUGCGUUAUUUACGAAAUGCCGAAGGAAAGUAUUCGGGAAUAUUCAAGACGAUUUCGGCGGUCGGCCGUACACACACGGUUGGGCGGUAUAAAUGAAGAUAUCAUCGUAUCUUGUACCGUGUUACGUUGUUUUAAGGUGUCGAGCGUCGUGUACGUUGUUUUGCCGAUGGAUGCAACAUACGUUUAUUGUAAAAAUGUUUGUUGCAGAAUGGUACCGAAAAAAUCCGAUUUCGAUUUGCAAAACGCCUCGAAACAUAAAAUAAACGUAACAAUGCCAUCAACGUAUAUAACCCGUGGGAUCAUUUGAAAAAAACAUAUUAAACUCCGAAUCUAAAAUAGGUAUACACCUCCCUCCUAUACACUCUUUUGCAGUCAUACAGAUAACGAUUAAACGGGAAUUUUCGUUCACUUAAAAUAUAGAAUCCUCCACUGUCAUCUAGAUAUGAGCGUAAACCUUACAGCCGAAAACUUUACACGUUUUUUCAGGAAACCUUUCGCUUUCGAGAUAUUUAAGAUGGUGGAAGUAAUGUGCAAGCGUUUCUUCUUCCUCGCCAUUUACGAUGUGCUAACCGUACGAAUAUAAUUAUUCUAAAUGACUAUCCGUCUAUAAAAAAAAAAAUCCGUUUAUAAAACACAAUAGUGGUCUGUGAACAUCUGCUCCUGUUGAGCGUUUAUGUUCAUUUAUGCCAGUUUUGCGCACUCGCCCAGUAGAUUUCUAUCAAUCUAUCCGACAGAAUGUUUGAAAAGUUAAUUUUUCUCAAAGGUAAUCGAGAUUUUUAUCUCUAAAAACAACAUUUAAUUUUCAUUAUUGACUGCUGCGUUAAUGCAUUAAUAAUGAUGACGUGAAGAGUUAUGAUUUUUUGAUCUUAAUACUCAACGAUAUAAUUCAUAAACAUCGAUGCGUUAAUUGUAAAUGUAUAAUGUGUACUCACUUAUUGUACAUUUAUUGAUGAACUAAAUGCGUGUAUCAUGUAUAAGUUUUUUUUUUUUUUUUGAGUAUCUUGCCCAACCCUGGCCGUGAAUAAUAUAUAAGCCGUUUCCCCCCCGAUCGCCGGCCACGCUAUAAGUUAACUUCCGAAAAUUCGCGUGCGCGCAUUUGGGAUAUUUUUAAGAGCCGUAAAAAUGUUAUCGACAAAUUUGACAGCGGCGUCGUGACGGAAACCGAAUGUCGCGUGGAAAUAAUGUAAAAGUCGCGCAUAAAUAUUUAACCGUCGCGGUUCGUUUCCGGACAGUUUUGAAAUUAUAUUAACCGGCUAUAACGCUGAGGACGGCGAACGCAACCCUUGCAAUAGCGCGUCGGUGUCCUUAUACAAUUAUUACCGUACUUAUUAAAUGUUUUUAUUUAUUUUUUAUUUUUUUGUCACGACGUCAAAAUUUCCCGAUUCGAUUUUAGUCAAAUAUAGCGAGUUUCGAUUAAAAUACAUUACGCCGGCACGCGUAGGAUAUUGAAUUACGAUUACGCGUCCGUGAUAUUAUAGUUGAAUAUUCAUAUUUGCGAUUUUCGAACUAAUUAUACCGUAGAGUAUAAAACAUACGGCAAAACCAGGAGAAACCGCCGUCGGUUACAUUAAAAUCGUUGUUACGCAUUUUUUUUUUUCUUUCGAUAAGGCUUCGAAUUACGAAACGAACGUUCCGGGGGGAGAGGGGGAGGAAUUGUAAUGAAUCGCGGUAAACCCGGACCACAUUGAAAACAACAGGCACACGGGACAAUCGUCCGCGAAUGCCCCGAACCGUUUAACGCAGUCGUCCGUACACGCGGACGGACGGAGGGACGUUUUCCGAAAGGACAUUGUAAGUUUUUCGGACGGGUCCGGCGGGCGGGUUUCGCUUUAACGGCCGUCGGUAAUACGAGUGGGGAUUUUUCAAAAAAUUUUUUAUUUCUCGCGGCAGGUUUUUUGAUAUUUUCGAAAAACCCGGGCGAUCGAAGGGCGGAGACGAAGGAUCGGCGCAGUUCAUCGCGCGGCGGCCGCGGCCGAGACGAUGACGCGCGUUUUUUUCUUCUAAGGAAUAAUUAUUCCAAUUUCGAAACCGAAAGGUCCACUGUUAUUGUUAACUAUUAUUGUUAUUAUCAUUUUUUUUUUCUUUUUCACUUUUUCACUCGUCGAGUAGUCUGACGAUAACGGCAGAUAACGCGACGGUGGCUCGUAGUACUACGGCGGCGGCGACGACGACGACGACGACGACGACCAGAUCCCAAUCGUUUUUCCGUUGUCGUGUGCGUACAACCGCACGCCGUUUACAAAUUACAAUAAUAACAGAAAAAAAAAAAAUGAAAAAAAAUAAAUACAAACACAAAUAACAUUACGGGGGCCUUGUUGUUUGUUUGCGUAAUACUCGUUUAACCUAACCUGACGGCUUUCGCCGGGCGUAUAAUCCGCUCGCGUGCAAGUUACGCCCGCGACUUACCGGCGUCCCCGAACCCCGCAAAUGUCCCGCAUUACGAUCGGCCGGUAAUCCCGCGGUAUUAAUGGGGGAGCGGUCGGCCCGUCGCGCCGCGGCUCUGGGUCACGUAUCCAUCGCGGCCGUUUAAAAACGCGCCGUAUCCCGCGAUACACGAAAACAACACCGUGUACGGCCGCGGCUCGGGAAACGGCCGGCCGGCAGGUGCCGCGUACCGUACGCGCUACACGAUAAUAUUAUACGAACUCGUUUUAGGGGUUGUUUUCGGAGUCGAGAGGGCGAGAGCGAGAGCAAUGAACCCUCCCGGAGGGGCGCGCAAACACCGGAUCGCUGUAACCGGUUACACGUCGUCGUCGUCGGGAAAACAGAAAACGGGGGGGGGAGGUGGCGAACGGUAUACGUAGUCGUCGUCGCGGCUGCUGCGCGUGUUUUUUUCUCCCGCCGGCGUCCGUUGUCCGCCCGGAGAAAAACCGAUCGCGCGAAAUUCCGAUUCGUCGCGACGGGGUGUCGUGAAGUAUACUAUUAUUAUUAUUAUUAUUAUUAUCGGACGGACGAAAAAGAAAAAAAAAAAACGACGGCGACGGCUAUUUCGACUAGGACGGCCACGUCGGCGGUGCGGUGGCGAGACAAUGUCUAGAACAAAAAAAGAAAAAAAAAAAGAGAUAAAUAUAUAUAUAUUUAUCUGUGUGUACGACGCGAAUUUCCAGCGCGAAUAAUAAAUGUAUUAUUGUGUUGUAGUGCGUGUUCGGGAAGGAGCGGGCGCAGACGGCGGGUUUUUUUUUAAUGUACGCGUUCCACACUCUCCGCCGAGUUGUCGAGGUCGGUGUUCGACGGCGGCGGCUACGGUCGUCCGGCUCGGGCGCAGUACGCGGGGGCCCACGUGUAGGCGACGGACCGUCGUUUCUGCCGCCGACGGCGGCGCGCCGAAACGACCGUCCGGGUCCUCCGCAAUCGCUCGCCGCCGCCGCCGCCGCAUCGGUGCGUUGAGAAAGGUUACACCGCCGCCGCCGCACGCAUGUUCCUCUCGCCGCGUAACGAAACUUCUUGUUACGUUUCGCGCACGGCCGCCGCAGUCACGCAGCGCGUUGCAUAACUCAUUCCUCGGCUCUUACUACACUUCCAUUAACCUCCCUCUCCCAUCACCCCCCCAAGCGCCGCCGAAACGCCCGCGCCACCGCCGACGGCGUAUACGUACGACACUACGCUGUUAUCGUUCGGCCGAUUUUCUCCCCAGCUCAUCGGCACUCGUCGUCGUAUUCGAAUCGGCGUCCGAAACGAAACGACGACACGGACCGGCACGCGAUAACACCGUCGCCGAAUCCAUCGUUUUCCGUUCUUCGCAUGUUCGAUUAUCGAAGAGAAAAAAAACAGGCGACGGCAUUGUUGUCAAUUUUUUUCGUGACCCAUAUUGUCCGUAUAACAUUAAUUGCGGCCGCGCGGUCGUAAUAUCGUGCGCCGCAAACCGUUGUAAAUAAGAACGCGGAUUAUAAUAUUAUUGUUUUAACACGCGGCUGCGAUGGAAAUUACGCGGACACAUUGACAAUACGUCAAUAAUACGACAUUUCUAUUGUUCGGCCGGUCGGCAUUGCGUAAAGCGCGAGAGAUGAUGUGUAAUUUGUUACUUUUUUUUUUUCAUCAUCAUCGUAUUAAUAUUAUUAUUAUUAUUAUUAUUCAUCACUCUCUCUUCUCGCCAUCUCCGUCCGUCUCGCUCGGUCUCUUUCUCUCCCCGUCCGUCUCUCGCGCGCGCGCGCUCUCUCCGUCGGUCACGUUGUACAAUCGCUCCCUCUCUCUCGCUGCGUUUCUUUCACUCUUUCUCUCUGUCAGCAAUAAUAACGAAACGUCCGUGCGUGCGCCGCGUACUGCGUUUUUGACGAGAACAACAAUAUAAUAAAAAUUCGGCAGAUGCACACGCACACACGCGCCGGAUCGCGCGGCGCGCGCGCGCACGAACAGCGGUGUCAACGAACCUCGGAACGCCCAAAUGCAGGCGCGCCCCCUUUUUAUAUAUAUUUUUUUUUUUCGGAGAAUAUAAACGUCGUCGUCGGCUUCGUGGUCGUCGUCGCCGCCGCCGUCGUCGUCGUCGUCGUCGUGGUCGUUGGUAUAUCCGACCCCAAUGCCCGAGUUAUUGGUUCGCGUGUGCGUGCGCGGUGCGUGUGAUUCACCGGGGUCAACGCACGGGCGCCCCGCGGUCGUUACCGCGCGCGGAACACGAUGUAAAACGAAAAAGCAAAAACCGUGGUUUUCCUUUCCCGAAAAAAAAAAAAAAUAAAUACAUUCUAUAUUUAUACCGACGGUGAAGACGACGACGACGACGACGACGGACGGCCAGUCCGUCAAGGUUGUAACGUGUGUUAUUGUUAUAAUAACAACGACACGUACGCCGCGGAGACGGCCGCCGUCGGGACGCCGGACAUAGCCGUCGCCGUCGUCGGCGGUUCUUUCGCGAACGCCGGAGACUCGGAGAGUUCGCGAUAACUCUCUGCACAUCCGCCGCGACGCGGUUCCCACACGUGAAACGCAACCCCACGUGCGCCCGGCAGGUGUCUGCCGCCGCCGCCGCCGCCGGUUGACAACGAUAUUAUAUAAUAAUAUGCAAUACGUCGUGCGCCGCACAAUAAUGCGUAUUGUAAUAAUACACGCGUUCGUAUUAAAUAAAUCGUCGCGGAGGGAUUGUAUUAUUAUUUCGCGCCGGGUUCUCGCUCCUCGGCGGCGUCCAGCGAACGCGUGCAGCGGUUGCAGUAAACACGUGUGGGCAAGCGGCGCGCGGGGGGCAAGGACGAACCGUCGUCGUUCGAUGACCUCAAUGCGUUUUUAUUGGGCCUAUUAUGGUUGUUUUUUUUUUUUUUUUUUUUUUUUUUCGUCAUUCGUCCCCCCAUCGGUUCGCGAUAGUACGCGGCCGCGGCGCACAUCCACGCACCGCCGCGCGGGUCCCACGUGCGACGGCCCGUCGGCCGCGUUCGGUUCCAGUCGGCGCUUCUCUUCUUAUCGCGGACGCGUGUGCGUGUGCGUGUACGCACAGCUAUUAUGGCAGUAACGCCGUAUACGCGACGCACACGCACACGGAACCGUCGCGUACGCACAAAUAACGCACGCACGCAACGCGCGAACGCCGCCAAAGCACGAAUCGCCGCGCGCGCGGGGAGGCACCACGGUGCAGCGAACGCGGCGAUAGGCACAGUGUAAACGCGCGCAUAGCCGCCGCCGCCGCCGCCGCCGUCGCCGUCGUGCUGCCUGUCCGUACGUCCGCCGCGGUCCGUCCUCUCGCCGCCGCCGCCGUCGCCGCCGACGUCGUCGUUUUCGUCGUCGUCCGAUCGCUCAAAUCGUUCGCACACUCGCACCCGUACGCACGCACUGUACGCACGCACACGCAAACACGCACACGCACACGCACACACACACACACACGUGUUGUAUCGUAUCGUAUAGUACGGUAGUAUACAUUAUAGUGUAGCCGGGAAACCGACACCGCGGGGACCGCCGCCGCGUUUUGGACGGAACGCUCAUCGCGCCGCCUUCGGGGCUUCAGUAGGCUCCUGAUUGUUGGCCGCGGUCCCGCGACGACCGUACAACGCACCACGCGCUAGCGUUUCGACGGCCCGAAAACACUAUCGUCGUUAUUAUAAUAAUAUUACACCGUUCGUUUUCACGAUUUCCUAGGUGUUUUUUCUUUUUUUUUUUUUUUUUUUUUUUUUUUUUUUUUUUUUUUCGUCUAUUUUUUCCCCUCUCUCCGCGCAACAGCGACAGCUGCCGCGGCCAAAGAAUUAUUAUAGUAACGCACACAAAACGCGUACACAUAACAUACACACACACAUACACCACAACAGUAGUGCAAUCGUUUCAGUAGCAAACGGCCGUGCCGCCGGUGAUUGCAGUCUCUUCCCGAUUACAGCGUCUUCCGCGACAAGAAUUAAACCCCCUCUCCCUAACCCCCUGGUCGGCGCCGCGUAUCCGGCGGAACAUGAAAAAUGGCUCAACUCUGGGACAACACGCAAAAACAAUGGAUCAAAAAUUUCUUGCUCAACAUGAAAAACAACAACAAAAACGCCGGCGGUAAGCACACGAAAAUCCACGGAUUUUUACUAAUUUUUUUCCUCCGCCUUCCCCUCCGAUAUUCGAUAUUCGGCGAUAAUUUAAUGACAAUUAUACAGUCGAGUUUUCGUAUUUUCGGUUUGUAAUUUUUUUUUUUUUUUUUUUUUAUGCGGCGCGAUUUUUAUCAUCGUACAAUAUCAUAACCGAUACGGUUUUUCUAUACGCCAACACAAUAUAACAACUUAUUAUUUACAACGACAGACCGUGUCUUCUGUGCACGCGGACGCUUAUUUAUGCGAAAAACGCUCGCAAUAACAUCAACAACAAUAAUAAUAAUAAUACAAAUAAUAAUAGUAACAAUCGUCGCCAUACAGCGGUACGACGAUUAUUUAUACGAUUUCCGUCGACGUCGGCGGAAAAUUUUUUUCACGAAAAACGCCGAACGCGCGCGCCACGGGUUUUUUUUUUUUUUUUUUUAAUCAUACGAUCGCGACAAUAAUGUCAUACAAUAUAUUAUAAUGUCUUCAUUCGAUUAUGUCGCGGCGCGCACGAUAUUAUAUUUCCGUCGGCGGAAUGAAAAAAAAAAAAAAUUAAAACCGAAAACGCCGACGUCGCGGAAAUGCGCCCCCGCACGCGGACAAUAUGACACGGCGGCCCGCGAAACGUCUUUAAAUACCGAAUACCCACGAAAAUCCGCCGGGAAGUAAAACGGAAUGACGCGUAAAUCGGGUUUUCGUCACGUUAUCCGUUCGACUCGCGAUACUUGGCACGUAAACGAGCGAAAAAAAAAAGGAGAAAAAACAAAACGAAAAGCGCUUAAAACGGUAUUGAAGGGUCUCCGGUCAACGAUGCGACUCGAACACGCUGUUGCGACGCUCCGCACGUAAACGGCCGAGUGUUUUUGUUGACGGUUUUGAGCUGGACGGGUUUUUUUUUAUUUUUUUUUUUUUCAACGGCGGCUUUUUAAUGAGCGCGAUGUGUUUGAUCAUCGCCGCCAAAUACAUAACGCGGGAGCCAAUCAUUAUGGGAUAACGCGCGAAAAUCGCGUAUAAAAAAAAAAAAAAAACGCCGGGAACCCGGCGGUGUAAUUUACGGGCCGUCCGCGCGCGUCGGUUUUCCGAGCCGGUAAUCGCCGAGUUCGCGAAACCUCACGAAAUUCCGUCGGGCGCCCGAGAAUUAUUCAAAUAUCGAGCAGAAAUUCGCCGACGCGCGUGUGACCGCCUUUGAGUCCGCGGUAACCGGCCGACCGCGCUCUAACGUGUCACAUCGAACGUACCGACAUUCGCUGAUUUUUAACCGCCGUCGCUGACAGUUGCGUGAAAUUACACUGUCUAAAACGACUGUUAAACGACUUCUUAACCUUCCAAAAAAAAAAUGUUUAAAAAAAAAAAAAACCGAAAUGACGGCCCCGACGCGUAUUCUACAGUGUGUAUCGCGACGAUUUUAACGUUACAAUCCAAUUUCGGACACUCGUUAUUCGAUAAAUAUUCGUCCGGGCACAAAAGCCGAAAUCGGGCGAAACGUCAUAUAUAUUCCGGAUUUCGCCCGGACAAACCUGCGGGUACAACAGUGACCGAUUUCAUUUGGGCGAAUCGCCGGCCUUUAAUAAAGGUCUUCGUCCCGAUAUUAUACACAAUAUAGUCAAACAGCAAACACGGUGCGUUCACUGUGCAAAAUCGAAUUUUCGCGGACGUGACGGUUUCGGCGAAACGAGGUCGAUGCACUCGGUGUGUCCGGGCAAAAGCCGAGGCUCGAUGUUUCGCCCCCCCCGAGUAAAUCGCGGACAUUUUAGCUGCGCGUCGUGCUGCGGGCGUUUCGGGGAUUCGCCCGAUCCGGUACUUUUGCCCGGGUCCCGACCGCUCGUUAACGCGGCACACCGGUGUUGUGCUUAUCGAAUUGCGCGAUACCCGCGGGCGUGCGUUAGUUGUGAUUUUUUUCCCCGGUUUUUUAUUAUCAUUAUAAUUAUUUUUUUCUCGAAAACGUAAAGUUUUCGGCGAAAGGAAACGCGCACAAAUGUCUCCGAAAUGAGGCGCGCGACUCGCGGCGCACAUGUUUUGUGUUGUUCGCGUACACUAUCGCAACGCGUUACAACCCGACCGAACAAUUACACGCGAACGAACCGCACAAUUAAAUAUACCAUACGUUUUACGAUUUAUCUAUCUCGCCCGUAAAUAACGUGUGUUACGUUUAUGUGCAUAGCUCGUGUCGGAUAUAGCGGGUUACACAAUUACGGCGAAUAAAAUAAUAUCACCGUGAUAAAACAUGCAUAUAAUAUACGUAACGACCAAAAUUAACGAACAAAGUUAAUCUCGCGCGACUUAUCGAGAAAUACCUUAAAUUAAAAAUAAUUACAACGAUAUAAUAACCGUGCGUGCGGCGAACGGUCAACGUCGUCGUCGUCGUCGUGCACGGCUUUGACCGUCCGGGAACAAAACCCGGUGCGUUUCGUUCGUUGUGUCGUGUCGAUUUUCCAUUUGAUUUGUUAUUUUAUUUCACCUACACAGGUUAGGGACCGACACACGCGCUGUUGUUAUAAUAUUCUCUCUCUCGCCCUCUCUCUCUUUCUCUCUAUCUCCCUCUCUCUCGCUCUCUCUCUCUCUACGCGAUUGCGCGGCUAUACCUAUUUCGUUAUUGUUUUCGACCGUCCUAAUGACACACGGUCAUAUCGGUUUAUCAGUAUAACGUACGUUGUUAUCACGCCGUAAUAACAUUUAUCACGUUUACAACGUCGGUUUUAUUACGUUAUUAUUGCCGGCCGCGCAGUGCCCGCCGACCUCAAACUCCUUCCACAUCCCGCCCGUAAACGCACCGCUGUAAUACAUACAUCAUUCUCCCGUAUACCGUUUCCCCGUCCGUACCGCCGUCUUUUAAUCGGAUCUAAUCGGGCUUUGCGGGGGGCUCGAGUGGUCUCAUCCCGUACACAACGUGUAAACAGAAAAAUCAGUCCCAAUUGGUAAUUGGACGAUGAGGAGUGGGAGCUAAUUUUUCCAGCUCCCCUCGACAACUUCCGCCAACGGCGUGACGUGGAACCGAUUUCGGCGUCGGAAAGAGCGGAUCGGCCUGUCGCCGAGACUUCCAGAAGGCGGUGGCGGUACGAAAGAGUGGCCGCCCUGGCGUACAGAGAAAUCUAGCAAAAAUGAUUUGGUUUUUAUUUUUCAUUCGUUGAACGAAUUUUACACCGCGGACAUUUGAUAAAUUUCACUGAAGACCGCCAAAGGGAACUAGGUUUUCGUGUCCUCCCUCCCCCUCCGGGUUUGUAGAUUUCGGUGUAGGGUCUGGUGCAAAAUCGAAUCGCCGAUUUGAGGUGCAAACACUUCGCGCCGCCGCCGCCGCCGCUGUGGAGGCCGUACGCGUCUGUCGGGUAAUUUUCCUCUCCGAUUUUCGCGCGAUAUUUCCCGCGAGAAAACCGCGUUUUUGUGAGUUUUUUUUUUUUCUUGAACGAUACGGACCGGUUCGCCAGUAAUGUCGUCAAAACGAAUAAUUUUCGAACGCGACGUACGUGUCGCACGAGUAGAGUAGCCGCCAUAUUAUUGUUAUAAUGCGCAUCUGUUUAAUGCGAACCGCGUAUAAUAUUACCGACGCCGGUCGCGGUAUACACUGUAUAUUUUGUAUAUUUUUAUUACGAUAUUUGUAACGCAGGCGCGACGUUUACCAUUUUUUAGCGAUACGAAAUUUGAAUAUAUUGAAUGUAUAAUUAACUCGAACCGCAUGGAAAUCCGAAAGCGAUCGCGCGACUCCCCGCCGGCCGCCGGCCGAUUAUCCUCUGUCGUGAUAAUUUUUUUUUUUACAUUACUAUUAUUUUCGUUAUUUUUUUUUUUUAUUAUUACUAUUAUUUCCCCUCUCGUCAAUUCGUGCGCGCGUUCGGCGUCCGCGGAAUAUUUUUCGAAUCGUUUCCGCGGACAACAUGAUUAUGUUAAUAACACGCGCGUCCCGCGCGACUCCCCCUGUCGUCGGUGGUGUAUAUAACACCCGAAUUACGUCUACGGCGCAUUAGUUUUCACCGUCCGUCGAUUCGUCGGCCAAUAGCGCGGGGGACAAAUCGUUAACGCCGUCCGCACGUCACGAUAUCGUUAUAAUUAUAAUUCGACGAGUAUAUUUCGUCUGCCGUCGUCCUCCGGCGGUUUUUUCCCCCGUCCGCGCGAUCAAUCGACCGGCCCCGUCGUAGUUCACGGACGGCUCCCGGAUUUUCAUUUUCGAAACAAAACCGUCGUGCGUAUACGGGCGAGUUAUUUCGCUGUUAACUCCCGGUUCUUUACGGUCGCCGAUACGGCGCUCUGUAUGGACCCGUCGUACGGCUCGUGCCCCGGGCCCGACGGCCCGGCCCGCGGGAAACUCGGAACCCCUUUGUCGGGUGCGCGCACGCUCGCUCGUUCGCCCGACACACCGGACCGCCGGUGUGAACAAACGAGACUUCCGUGGGUGACGGGAGAGGAGGCGGAUGGGAGUGAGAGGUCCUUUGAAACGUUUGUUUUGCCAAAAAAAAAAAAUCCGCAAAAACAAGCCGAGGAGAGAAUCGCCGUUGUUAUACUAACGGGUCGCGAGACGACGGUAAAAAGAACAAAAAAAUGUAAAAAAAAAAAAACGCCGCGUUCGGUGCAGCGAAGAACAAUAACGGUUAUAUUGUUAUGCCGACAUUAUACGGGAACCGACGUAAUGUUAUUAUUGUAACAAUUCUAUAAAUAUGUACGAUAUCGUAGUGCCCGUUAUCUCCCGAACGGCGACGGUAUAUCGGACCGGGGACCUUUGCCUCGUGCGGUGCCGUUUUCGACGAAACAUCAAUUGCACAUUACGUUACACUCGUCCGAUCGUCAUUAUCAUUAUCAUUAUUAUUAUUAUUAUUAUUGUUAUUAUUGUUUUUUUAUUAUUAUUAUUAUUAUUGGUAGAGCGAACGCCGCGAUCGUGAACCCGGUCGCGCGCGCAGUCGACACCGUCCGUAGCGUGUUUUUUCGGACGGGGGACGCAACGAUCCUAGAACCCACUUUAAAGCGCAUGCGGAUACUAGGGGUCGGUAUUCCUUGACCGGAAGGACACUGGAAAGAAAGCCGGAUACGUAAUCAAUGUAAAAAUUAGCUUAGUGAUAAACGGAGGUGUCUACGGUUAUCACGGUCGUCUUCAAUGUGUAAAUAAGACGAUAACAUUUAUAUUUGUAUGGAUUCUAAAUAUAAUUACAUGAUUUUUUUUUUUUUUUUUUUUGGCACUUUUUUUUUUUUUUUUCUCGUUUUUAAUCGACAGGAUCGCAAACGAAAAAAAAAAUCCGUUCUUGCCCGUCCCCCGAAUGGACGCCUACGCGCGCAACACCAACACCGCGCCGCCGCCGGGUAAAAUAUUAAUAUCACCGCAUACGGACAAACACUCGUAAUACACGAUAAAAUCGUUCUUAUUGCCCGUGUUUAAAGUGUUUUUAUUUUUUUUUUCUCGUUUUUAAUCGACAGGAUCGCAAACGAAAAAAAAAAUCCGUUACCCGCGCGUAUGCCGCGGAAACGCGCGAAACGAGAGGGGGGAGAAGGGGAGGCGGGAGAAAAAUCCGAUCGAUUUCGCGCUUUUUCGAUCGAUCGAACAUUACGCUCCGGUUUCGUAUACCGUUGUAACAACAGCACACGCGAAAAUAUCAUCGUAUACGACACCGGCGGAUUUGUAGCUUUUUUUCUUCUCGUUUUCUUUCCUUUCGGCUUGUUUACGGAAUUCCGCGUCGCUCGGGGUCCCGGGCGAGUGAGUGUUCCGGGUUCACCGACCUCGCGCGUCGCGGAGAAAACUUUUAUUCGCCCGCCGAACACGAAAUACGCGAAACGCAUUUCGCGUACCGUUUGCGAAACGUUUACGCGGGCCGCGCCGUGUAUUUUACUCACUUCGUCACCUCCGGUUUUGUUUUUAUUUCCCUUUAUUUUUCGUCAGUCUAAUCGUUAGCGCCGAUAUUCGCGGCCGUAUGGACGGGGCGCGUAAACGUUCGGAAUUUUGGUUUUUUUUUUUUUAUUUUUUCUUAUUUUUCUUUCGCGAAUCUCGUGCGAAAAAUUCUCGCGAAAUUUCGAUCGCGCGGCGUCGCGAAUAGGCAAUUCACGGCCGUCUGCGUCGUGUGUGCAAAAAUAUCGUAUUGCCAAAUCCUCCCACACGCCGACGCACGCACGCACCACACAAACACACGUGAUAUAUUUUUUUUUUCGCGAAUAUUAUUUUUUUUUUCUCUCGCUGUUUGUACACCGCCGCGCUGUCGUCGCGUUGUCGACGUCGUCGCAUAAUCGGAUUUAUUUUUAUAUAUGUGUACGCGUACGUAUAUUAUUUCGCGAACCGUUUUCUUUUCUUUUCGGCCGUCCAUUGCGACCGACGUGUUACGGACGCAUAAAACACGUUUCUUUAUCUGUUUAUUUUAUCGUUACUUACAUUUUUCAUUUUUUUUUUUUUUUUUUUUUUAUCGUCGCUCGUGUUGAUAUUUCCUACAAACACCGUAAAUAUGCAUUGAUCGCCAUUGUCAGACUACGGUCGAGUUUUUUUUUUUCUUACAAUUUGCGGCGGAAACAUGUUUCGGACGGGUCUCAAGAGCCGUUUACACGGUGACAGCUACACACACGCGCGACAGUCGCCGACGCGGCACUGUCGUCGUGUAGAACGUAGUUCAGUCACUAGCAGUCGACGGGACGACAAUGCGACAGUACUGUCGCGCUAUCAUGCCGAGCUAGAUGGUCGACGGUAACUACCGCGGCCCGUUAACGCGUUAUCGCUCAGCGUUAACUGGUACCACGAACUAAUUCGUGACCGGUACGUUUGAAAUCGUUCAAUCGCUAUCGAUUUAAUCUCCGUUCGUUCGUAAAAAGUUAUAAAACUUUUAUUAUAGGGUCUUCAACGCCGAGUUCAUUCGUAGAAAUAGGCCCGUAUAACUAAUUUAAUUUUUGUUUUUCCGUUGAAAAAUAUAAAGUCAUGAUUUUUAAUAUCUUUUUUUUCCCCAUAUUUAUUGUACCUAUAGAAUCGAUGAUACAUUAAAAUACUGAAUAGUCGGUCACUGCAGUAAACAAACCGCGUACAUUUAAAGGGUACGACGAAAAAAACCCAGAAAUAUCACUUUGGGUAUGUAUAGAUGUAAACGAUUCGUCUAUUGUUAUAUAUUUCAAUGCGAUUGCCGUCGUCUUCGUUUCAAACGUAAUUCAAUUUUGUUGACCACGUUUCAAAAUACAAUAAAAAAUGCGCUACGUUUUGAAAUUAUAAGAUCGAAUCUUCAAAUUGGAAAAAAAAAAAAACUCAAGUUGAAUAAGAAAGUGAUUUUUCUGUUUUUCACCCCUUCGUUCGAUUUCGUCGGGGGAGUGAAAUCGCAGUCGCUCCAGCCAAACCAUCCCAUCAUGAUCCCACAGUAUACACACAAUCCUCUUCGUCCAUCUCUAUAUAAUAUCCGUAAUCGUGGUUUGCCAGUCCGAACCCCUCGCGUCGGUAAUAAUUUCCGCGCGUUCGCUUUUCUAUUAUUACGAAAAAUAAUCGUUCGUGACGUUCCCAUAUAUAGACCCGUCAUCGCCGUUUUUAUUAAACGAGCCGGUCGUUUUCUCCGUCGUCGCGUUUUCUCCUCCUCAAAUAAUAACUGCGGCACGUGCUUGGAAAAAAGCCGCGCGUUCAAUAUAUAGGGUGAUUUUUUUAAGUGUGCUCUGCCCAUUUUUGCGGAUAAAUAUAAUGUAAACAGUUGAAGAUGUGAUUUUCGAAUAUUCGUGGAUUUUUCAUAACAGAAUAUCGUAUUCUGCGGCGGUACCACAAAUUUGGUUUUUAAAAACGAGAACCCGCACGAUAUAAUAAAUAUGCUUUAAUCGGUCACGGGUUCGAUAAAGUUGAAAGAAUGCCCGAGUAUACUCGACUUUAGUUGACUAACUGUUCAUAAAUACAUUUUUGUACGGCGCACCUAUUUGUUAAUCGUAUACUCGUUUUCAAUGCGUUUAACGGAUCCUCGGUAUUCAAAAUGGAAUAACUCGGAGACAUUUCGUUCUGACUUCGGACGAUUACAAAAAUAUGCGCUGGAAAAAUUCACCGGCCGACUCGUCCGAGAUUUCGGCGCGAGAUUUUCGAAAACAUAAUAUAAUAACCGUACAAUAAAUCGAAAAUUAUUAAUCCCGACGCAGAAACGGUAACGGAUAGGAAAUCAACGGAUACGACAAACAUUAUAAUAACCGCGUUCCGAGCGCAAUAUAUAAAUAAUUACACGGGACGUCCGGUCGGGGAAAUGACGGGUAGGGGUACUGUGCGAACACGUCGACCGGUACUCCGGCCGAUAAUACGAUAUUAAUUACAAUUCAUCGGACUCGUUUAACUCGAACUCUAUUAGCCCGGAAUCGUUGAUACCUCGAAAUUUGUCCACGGUCCCGAGUAGAAUUUCCUACGUAAACAACGUGAAUACAAAAACCGGACAUAAUUCGCACGGUGGGUGGGACACAGUGAAACGGUUUUGGAUGACAAGCCGGAAAGACAGUCGGGAAUGUAUAUCCGUACACAAAGAUUAUAAUCAUUGCAAUGAAACGACGAUUUUGAGCGGAGUUGGGUUGUACGUGUUUGGGAAAUUCGAAAACAAUAUUUAGGUACGUAAAUUUCGUAAAUUUUCCCUGCGGAUUUUCCCCCAUUUAUUAUGAAAAUCCCUGAAAAACUGACGUUUCUAAAGUACCGCCUCGGGAACCUAUCGGCAAAGACGCUUGGUAAUCUCUAGCGAAAUUUCUGGUGGAAAUUGUCGUUCAGAGAAAAUAUAAUAAAUAAAAUCAUUGUAAUACCGACACAUACAUUUCUAUACCACCAAUACAUUCCUCGUGACUCCGCUCAGAAUAUAAAAUCGCUUUUUACUCGGAAUAUUUCGUGUACGACUCGAGGUUCUGAUUUUAUUUUAGGAUCAAUGAUUCGCGGGUUAUUCCCAUACGCAUGCACAGUUACUAUCGAGGGUAAAGUUCAUUAACGUCACGGUUACCGAUACAGUUCAAACAAUCGGUUUACCCCUCGAUUUUCGAUUUAUAUCCGACGUAUUUUCGGUAAAUUUAAAACGGCGUGUUUAGCAUGCGCACCAUAAAUACACCUCAUACACAUCACAUUCACACAUGGUCUACGUAUACUAUAUAGAAUUUUGAUUUUAGGUUCAAAUAGAUUCUAAGCAAUUCGGACGUUUAAUUCUAUUAAGAUAUACGUAUACUGUGGUACAGGUAAUACGUUAAAAAAAUCAAAAGUCGACGACAAUAAUAUGUACGUUUAUAUUGUGGUGUGGAUAUAAUAUACAAUGGGUAUAAUACGAGUAAACGUUUGAAAUUAUAAUGCGUAUUGUGUAUAGGUGGGUAAAUAAUAUUAUUGACCGAUUCGAAAGUAUAUUCCAUAACGACGGCUAAUUUAUCAUCGUCGCCCGUCAUACGAAAGGUGACUAAAUUAUUUGAAAAUUUGUUUUUUUUUUUUAAUUUAUAUUUUAUUCAAUUUGGAUUUCAACCGAGAACCAGAUUUUGAGUGGCUCCUAAACCGUUUGUGGUAUCAAACUUGGAUAGUUUUUUGAACCUGACGUAAAGGAAUGAAAUACGGCCUUUUUCAAACACGGUUUUUUUUUUUUUUUUAAAUAUUUAAUUUUUUAAACUCGAUUCGCCAUUCUAAAACCAUACAACUAAAAAUUGCAUAAUUAUCAUCUGGAUGCGAUAAAAUAUCCACCAUGUACACAAAAACUUAAACGGCAAUACGGGUAUUAUAAUACUGGUCCCUUUCUUAAUCGGACAUGACGUCUGUUUUUUUCUUCCCAUUUUCUAUACGAGUCUAGUUUUUAUAUUUUAUAAACGGACACUGAAUUGCUAAAAAAGUGAAAACCGACCAACACGUCUAUUAUAAUAAUAUGUGUACCACCCAGUACUUACAUAGUUGUCAGAGUGGAAAAAACUUCGAAAGAGGACUAUAUAUAACGAAAGUCGAAGGGGGCGUUGCCGAGAACUAACUCAACUUUACCAAACUCUCGGGAAACUCUUUUUUUUUCACAUAUGAAAGACUUCGAAAAUGUUUUUAUCUCGCAAACAUUUUUCGUAAAAACGUGUCACUUAUUAUAUAUGGUAUUCAAAAUAAACUUUACCCUUCGCCCUCAAAUGUAAUGUUACGUGCGCGUACGCAUAUAACCGAAUAGAUACAAAAAUGUAUUUACUUUCAAUAAAACUAAUGUUUGGGUUUGAUUAAAAUAUCAUCGAGAAUGUCUUAGUGACCGUGACUGGAUAUCGUCCCACCGGAACUCGAAAGCCUAAACGCCUAACGGGGACUGACUUAUUCGCCCUGGACACAAAGGGGGGACUCUGCCCCUCACCAUUUUCACCGCUGUGAAUCACAUCUCCAGAGAGCGGCGUAUAAAAUUGUUUAUACGUUAAAAGCGAUUUAACGAACGGACGUUCGAUUGUCGCAAAUGCGCGUAUAUUGUUGCGGGAAUAACGGGAACGAUUUAUAAAACUUGUAGCGCGUGAAUAACCGAUCGCGAAGUCAAUAAUCAAAUUACAAAUAUAAAUAGCGGAUAGCAAAACGUCAUUGCCGGUUCGGUUGUCCGUGGCAAAUAGUCGAAAUAAUUGAAACGUUUACUAAACGGCAAAAGCGCCGCCGUCGCCGCCGCCGCCGCCACGCUCGUGCGAAUAUCCCUUUGCCCACCCCUCCAUUAUUCCACUCCCGCCCGUCCCUUUGGUAUACGCACGUACGUAUAAUUUUCAAACGCGAAUAAUGUAAUAUCAUAAGCGGCGCAACAGUUGCACGGCCACGUUCGCAUUUUCGUCCGUAUACAGGGCGUGUACAAUCCUCGACGACAAGAAUGUAUUCAUUUUUUUUGUUUUCCGCAAUUUAUACGACACAAGCGGCUCUGAAACCGUGGCAUUGCCGUGGUUUUCGGGAGUGGUACCGCUGACGGCUUUUUGAUUUUCGAACAGCAACCGAUAUUAUACUCGUAUUGUAAAUCCCAUAAACACGCGAAGUUUCAGUUGAAAUACAUUUCGAUGUUGAAGUUUUCGAUUCCUUCCGAUCCGAAUGUACGACGAGAUAUUCUACUUUAAGUUUUGGGUAGAAUGAGGAGGAGCGUCAGCAUUUGUGUUUGGGCGCGGCGUGCGGAUUUCAAUUAGUGCUCCUGCACUACUGGGGCACAGGCCAACACAACCAUAACUUAAAAAUGAAAUAUCUCGUCAACGGGUCGACGGGAAUUGAAUAUUUCAACAUCAACGCGUAUUAAAACCAAUUCAUAAUAUAAUAUACGAAAAUCAAAAGUGAGUAGAGUCGGUUUUAUCCCGCCACCCCCCUCCCCUCAGAAAAAAAAACCGGAACGUAACAUCUUAGAACUGCCUGUUUUUCAAAUGACAAAUUCGGAAAAAAAUUAAUUAACGUUCCGAGAUAAUUAUCGUCUUAUCAAGGAUUGAUCAUCCCGUAUAUAUAUAUAUAUAUGCACAUAUAAUACAUGAAAUCUACGGUUUUUUUAUUUUUGUUUGUGUAAACUUUAUUUUGCUGCGCUACGCGUUCUUUCGCGUGGUAAAUAUUUAUACGAUAGAAUUGUCCGUAACAAUUUCGAAAUUACUUAUUCAUAUAUAUGAGAGGCGAACAGAACCGUUUUAUUAUUUAUGGCGGACGAAUGUACGUAUGUGUUCGCGGUUAAUUCGUAAAAUUCCGUGCACGUGUGCAAUCACGGUAAUACAUUUUUGACGACGCCCUCGUCGAAUCAUUACUACGAUGACCGAACACAGUCGUAUAAUAUUUUCGAGCGCCACGUGCGUCCGCGAGUGGGUGUGGGGAGGGGAGGAGUGGAACGGACGAAAAUUGAAUGUUAUCCGAACGUGGCGAAAAUUACCUACGGCGGACGAGACUCUGAGAAUAAUUGAAUUACGCCGCCAGACCGCCACAUCUUUUAAUCGCAGCCUCCAUUCGCGAUCCUUUUGCCGGUCCAUUAUUACAAUUAAAUCAAUUUUUACGAAUAUUCGCAUUAUAUGUAAUUGUUAAUUUGUUGUGUGUCCACAGAAAACCUUUUGGGCCAUGUAUCAGACAUGGUAGAAUUGAUCAAUGGCGAAAUGCCGAUAUUGAGCUCGUCCGGCGGAAGUGGAUCUACUACGGCUGACUUUGUUCGAGUCGGAAUCGACUGCACGCUCAGCCCGUUGAAGCCGGCCGCCGCGGCCACCGCCACGACCGGUAGCGGCCACCACCAUCUACAGCUGCACAAGAAAGGAGGACCGGGAGGUUCCGAGCUAUCGGCUGCGGCGACCAUCAAACGGGUGGUGUGCAGCCCGGACUUGCCGGUGUUCACCAUAACGCCGGUAGUCGAAGAGGCAGCCGUGACCAUCGAGUCGGCCAAAACCGCUGCGGCGGUGGCCGCGGCGACUGCAGCGGCUACAGCGUCGCUGCCGGCCGCGCCGCUGUUGCAGACCGAUACGCUGGCCGCCGCGGACAAAUCGCUCCAAUGCAACGUGUGUCACAAGGUGUUUAUGCAGAAAAACGCUUUUCAAAAUCACUUGCGGUCUCACGUAAAGGACGCCGCGUCGGACGGCCCGUUCCAAUGCAACUACUGCAGUAAAUCGUUCACGGUGCCGGCUCGGCUGACCCGGCACUACCGCACGCACACCGGCGAGAAACCGUACAAGUGCGAGUACUGCGACAAACCGUUCUCGGUCAAAGAGAAUCUGAGCGUACAUCGACGCAUCCACACCAAGGAACGGCCGUACAAAUGUGACGUGUGCGAUCGGGCGUUCGAGCACAGUGGCAAGCUGCACCGGCACAUGCGCAUACACACGGGCGAACGGCCGCACAAGUGCUCGUUCUGUGACAAGACUUUCAUCCAGAGCGGUCAGCUGGUCAUCCACAUACGGACCCACACGGGCGAAAAGCCGUACGUGUGCAAGACGUGCGACAAGGGGUUCACGUGUUCCAAACAGCUAAAGGUGCACACCCGGACGCACACGGGCGAGAAACCGUACUCGUGCGACAUUUGCGGCAAGUCGUUCGGUUAUAACCACGUGCUCAAACUGCAUCAAGUGUCCCACUACGGUGAGAAGGUGUACAAGUGCACCAUAUGCAAUGGGACGUUCACUUCGAAAAAGACGAUGGAGAGUCACAUAAAGAGCCAUUCGGAAAAUGGCAGUGGUGGAGCGGCUGCCACGACCGGUGGAUUGGCCACGAGCCCCGUGCCUACGGCGGCCGGGGUUGUGUCCACGGCCGAUGCAUUGGUCGUCGUGGUGCCCAACAAGUCGAUCAAUAAAGAUAUAGGCACCGCUGUGUCCGAGGGCGAGUCUUCGUCGGGUUGCGGUAGCGACAAGGAGAACAAUAAGUCUAUCAUCUCGUCAGGUUCGUCCGCCGUUUUAAUGCAAUUGUCGGAUGACGAGCCCAAAUGCAUUAACCUAGUGCCGCAGUCAGGGUCUACAGUCAUCGGAGGAGACGUCGGCAAGUCGGACGACGACGAAGACGAUGACGAAGACGACGAAGAUGAUGACGAUGAUGACGACGUUGACGGUGAAAUGGUUAUGGGCAACACGGAUGUGAACAAAGAAUUAAACAAGCUCUGUAAAUACCUGUAUCCGAUGUUGCCCGCGGCUAACCGCAAACGCAGAGAAUACGACGACGACGAUUAUGACGAUGACGAAUACAACUGCGAUCAACCGCCCAGCCCGGCCAGCAGCUCUUCGGGCUCGUUGACCCUAAUCAUGGACGAGUCUUCGCAGUCGUCAACGCGUCGGCUACAUCAGCAACAACAACAAAUGCACCAUCAACACCAAACGCAACAACAACUGCACCAGCAACAACAACUGCACCAGCAACAACAAAUGCAGCAACAACAACAACAAAUGCAGCAACAGCAAAUGCAGCAACAGCAAAUGCAGCAACAACAAAUGCAGCAGCAACAACAGCAAUUGCAGCAGCAGCAACAACAUCAAUUGCAGCAGCAGCAACACCAGCAAUUGCAGCAGCAAUUGCAGGAGCAACAAAAAUUGCAAGAGCAACAGAAAAUGCUGGAGCAACAAAAACUGCUGGAGCAACAGAAGCUGCUGGAGCAACAAAAACUGCUGGAACAACAACAACAACUGCAGCAGCAACAACAACUGCAGCAGCAACAACAAUUGCAGCAGCAACAACAAUUGCAGCAGCAACAACAAUUGCAGCACCAACAACAAUUGCAGCAGCAACAACAACUGCAGCAACAACAAUUGCGGCAGCAACAACAGCAGCAGCAAAACCAAAAACAGCAGCAGCAGCAACAACAACAACGGCAGCAGCAGCUGCAACAACAGCAGUUGCAACAACAACAAGAGCAGCAGCAAAGGCAACAACAACAACAACAAAGGCAACAACAACAACAGCAGCAGCAAAGGCAACAACAACAACAACAACAACAACAACAGCAAUCGUUUCAUACCAUGCAGACAGCGACACAACAGCAACAUCAGCAAGUUGACUAUGUCAUGUUGAUGUCGUCGUCCAACGAGGAACGGGUCACGUCGCCUAACCUGUAUGCCUCAGAGGUGCCACUUGCCAGGUCAUUGCCUGUAAUUUCGGCAUUGCCGUCACUGCCAACCGUGUGUUCGUCACCACCGCCGUCGCCGACGAAAAACGGCAGGGAACACCUGAGUUUGCCACCUCGUAAACGAUCGAAAAUGAUUCUAAAAUCGAUGGAGAGCACCGCCAAAAAAGAGGCACAAUGCAGCAGAUACAGUUCGGUCAUACAAUACGCUAACAAAGCCUCAAUUUAAAAAAAAUAAUAAUAAAAAAUUACGAUUAUGACAUAACAAUAUCGUGAUUUUUUUGAUCGUCAUUGGUUUUAAAUACUAGUAUUUACAUCGAUCAAUGAUGUUCUCGUGUUAAAGUAAUAUAUUAAUUUAAUUAUCAUUUUGUAUAAAAAUAAUAUACGUACAUAUUAUUAUUACGGGAGAAGGGGAGGUAUUAUUCGAAAAUGCCUCAAAAAUUAUUCUUUUUUGCAACGUACAUCUUUAUAAUAUAUCUUUAUUUGCCCAACUGAUAAAUAGUCAAAUAUAAUAUUAUUUACUUAUUAUAUUUUUUACUAUACUUAUUAUAGAUACGUCAUAUUUUAGUGAAACAUUUUUUUUUUUUUUUAGUAUCUGUGAUAUGAUAAUGCAUUAUUUACCAAAAUAUUAUUAGGUGAACCACCAGAGGGAAGGAAUGGGGGCAGAGGAAAAGUCACCUGGAGGGUUCUUGUCAUAAUAAUUAUUGCUAUUAAAACAAUUUUAAAUAAAACCAGGAUUUUAUAUUAUUAUUUUAUACACGUUUUUGAACUAACUAUUAUUAUUUAUUUAUUCUGUAACGAUAUAUGAAUACCUUUCGAAAGAUACCCCUCGGACGUCCUCCCUCCUGGAGGGUUCGUUUCGUAUAAUUUUAACCUACUUCAAAAGAAAAAUUUAAUACAAAAAAAUGAGGUUAUUUACGAUUUUAUUUUUAGUUUACGUGAAAAGAGCUAUUGUGCAUUUUUUUUCUAAUACAAUUGUAGUUUAUUUUAUAAUAACAUAUUAUAUAUUUUAUAGUGAUGAAAUCAUACGGGUAGUAGUUAAUUAUUAUUAUUAUUAUUAUUAUUAUUAUUAUUAUUAUUAUUACAAUUCUCUCGCCAGAGGAACAAAAAGUCUGUUAAGCAAGGUUUUUGCUAAAAAAAAAAAAAAUAAUAAUAAUAAAAAAAAAAAAUAAAUAAAUAAUAAUUUUUAUCAUUAUUAUAAAUUAAUAUUUAUACACUAUUUAAAAUAAUAUUGAAAUUAAGUCGUGUUAGUUCCAUUGUUUUAUUUAUUAUUUUUAUCUUAAUAUUAUUAUUAUUAUUAUUAUUUUUUUUUUUUUUUUUUUUACUAGGUGCAUAGGACUAUAAGUACAUAACUAUAAGAAAAAAUACAAAACGUAAAAUCAUCUACCUCAUUGUAUGCCUUAUAUUAUUAUAUUAAUUAUCUAUAAAUAGAUUUAAAAAAAAAAGUACAAAUCGUAUAUCCUAAAGUGACGAAACUCACUAUGAGGACCAAUUAUUUAUUAUAUUUAAUAUUUUAAUUGUCUAUAACUAAUAACAUAUGUAUUGUGUAUAUUAUUUUGUAAUAUCUUGUGCGUGUGUGCGUGUGUGUGUGUGUGCGCGCGCUCGCAUGCGUACGUUUCUUUGGCCGUGUGUAAAUGUGUGUGUUUGUGUGUGUGUAUAUAUAUUCAUAAAUAAUAUUAACUGACAUACAUACACACACACAUACAUACACAUACUCACAAACACACUAGCACUCGUCGCACACCACGUCAUUUGUUUUGCCGUACGCGGCGUAGGUACUCUCGAUUUUUCUUAACUCAAACUCGAAUUUUUCGAUUUUAAAUUAAUACUAAACUUUUGUACGUUUUUCUAUUACUUUUGAGCUACGCUCUGCUGUGUUAAAAAUAAUAUUAAUAACCUAAUAAAUAUUUUAAUAAUGUUAUCGCAAACGAAUCUGUUUUACGAAAUAUCAGCGUCAAUCAACAAUAUAGGUACUUAUUGUGCACGAUGAUGAAUAUCGUACGAAAUUAUUCAUUUUUUUUUUAAUAAAACGUAAUAUUGUAUGUAAAUAUCCAUUCGACUGUCUUCGUUUCCAUAUUAUAUGCGUCUGCGUAAUAUGUUGCGUAAACGUAAUAAUAUACCUAAUAAUAUUAUAGUGGACGUACUGAUUUUGGAUCUCUAUUAAAUAACAUCUCUGUAAAAUCCACAAUAUUAUAACCAUAGGAAUGCAUAAAUUAAUAAUAUUAAUCUACAGAGAUCAUAAUUUAUUUAUUAUUAUAAUAUUAUGUUUGCGAUUUUUUUUUUUUUUUUAAUGUUCCUACGACAAAAUCGUUGUUAAUAAUUAGUCGGUAGGCUUGAUGUGAACUACCUCUCAUAUUAUACGCUAUACUCAGUGACGUAGCCGGGAUUUCUCAAUUGGGGGGAAAAAAAAAAAACAAAACAAAACCAAAAGUACACGUUUAUAAUUUUCUCAAUUACAUUAAAAAAAAAUAUAUAUAUUUUACACUAUGUUUACUUAUAUUAAUGAAUGAAAUACGAAAAUUAACCAUCGCAUUAAAAAGUGGGUAACAUACAACCACGAAAAGAUAAUUAUAACAAUUAUGAUAGCAAUAAUACGGCCAAUGUGGGGCGGCAUGGCUCCCGUGUUUCCCUCCCUGACUACGUCAUUGACUAUGUUAUUGUGAUAUUAUUACGCGUAAAAAUACAGAACUGCAAUAAUAUUAUCCUUAUCAUUGAUUUAUGUCGACCGAUCACAAACUAUAAACAGACAUUCACUACCCGCGUAGAAACAUCAAGUUUUAUAGUACAUAACCGUUUAAUAAAAGUGAGUGAGGGGUGGGAAAGAACGGGUAAAAACCGCUGUAAUUUUGAACACGAUAAUAUUUUAUAUAUCUAAAUUAAUUGUAAACGUUAUUAUAGAAUAUUAUAUUAUAUUAUUAUGAUUUAAACAUUUAUAUAUUAGCUUAUAUAUAUUUUGAAAGACAUUAUAUUUAUUAAUAAUAAUUAAUUGACUUUUUCGAUAAAUAAUUUAGUCUGUUUUUUUUUAUUAUUAUUAUUAUUGUAUGUUAUAAAUGUGUAAUUUAUUUUAUUUUUUUUUCGCAUUUAUUUAACUUUAUAUUAUAUUAUUAAUAUAUUAUAUAAUACGGGUAAAACUUGUUCAACUGAUGGUGCAAAUAUAAUAUAAUAUACUUAUAGUGAACAUAAACGUUAUAACCUCGUACGGAGUAUGAUAUUAUAUCAAGUGCUUUUUAUUUCCAUUGAUUUUCGUUUGAUUUUUGUUUUUUUUUUUUUUUGAAAAAACAAAAAUCAUUAUCAUUAUUAUUAUUAUAGGUACAUUAUUAUUAUUAUUAUUAUUAUUAUUUCUAGUAUUAAGUAGUUAAUGCAAGAUUCUUUAACAUUGUUGUUUGAAACUACUGAAAUCACGUCGUUUAUUAUAUGCGUGUGUUCAAAAUUGUUUUGAAACUAUAUUAUAUUAUAUUAAUUUGUUGUUAUAUUAUCAUUAUCGGUGUUUUCAAAUCGUUUUCGACACACAUUAUAUAAUACACGGUUUCGGGCGUGAUUAUGACAAUGUCAAUUUGUUUCCACCCCUAUUUGGAAUAUUAUAAUAAUAGUACCUAGACGUAUGAAUUUAUAUACCUACUUAGGCUAAAUGUUUUGUCUUUAGAAAUAGGUACUCAAUUUUUAGUGUCAAUAGUUUAUUCAUCAUUAUUAUUAUUAUUAUUAUUAUUUUUAUUUUUAUUUUUAUUUAUUGUAAUUUUCGUUUGUUUUUAAAUGUUUGAAGUAAAUAUUGUAUUUUACAUUAUGCAGAUUUUAUUCGAAAAUAAAUAUCAAAUACUACCUCAUUAAUAUAUAAAAAAAAAAUAAACAAAGUGUAUUUUUUCAUUUUUAUUUAUUUAUUACUCUGUUGCCCGGCAUUGAAGUCGUAGAGAUGAG